CAUACCGGGCGGCGCGCGGGGGCAGCGGUAGCAGUUGGCGGCGGCGAUGGCGGCGGCCGCCCCGGGCCCGGCUCCGGCUCUUUGCCGCUCGGUGCAUUGGUUCCGCCGCGGGCUGCGUCUGCACGACAACCCGGCUUUGCAGGAAGCGCUGCGAGACGCCACUUCUCUUCGUUGCAUCUAUAUCCUGGACCCUUGGUUCGCUGCUUCCUCUGCUGUGGGGAUCAACCGCUGGCGAUUUCUGCUCCAGUCCUUGGAAGAUCUGGACAACAGUUUAAGGAAACUCAACUCUCGAUUGUUUGUUGUGCGAGGGCAGCCAACAGAUGUCUUCCCAAGGCUCUUUAAAGAAUGGGGAGUCACUCGUCUCACCUUUGAAUACGACUCAGAGCCAUUUGGUAAGGAGAGAGACGCAGCUAUCAUCAAACUGGCCAAGGAGGCUGGUGUGGAGGUGGUGAUAGAGAACUCCCACACCCUCUAUGACCUGGACAGAAUAAUUGAGCUGAAUGGCCACAAGCCACCCCUCACCUACAAGCGCUUCCAGGCCAUCAUUAGCCGCAUGGAACUCCCAAAGAAGCCGGUGAGCACAGUAAUGAGCCAGCAGAUGGAGACGUGUAAAGUGGACAUCCAGGAGAACCACGACGAUGUGUAUGGGGUCCCAUCCCUGGAAGAGCUGGGCUUUCCUACGGAUGGUCUUGCCCCUGCAGUUUGGCAAGGAGGUGAGACGGAAGCUUUGGCACGGCUGGAUAAACACUUGGAAAGAAAGGCAUGGGUUGCAAAUUACGAAAGACCAAGGAUGAACGCCAAUUCAUUGCUGGCCAGCCCUACAGGACUCAGUCCCUACCUGCGUUUUGGCUGCUUGUCCUGCCGUUUGUUUUACUAUCGUCUCUGGGAGCUGUAUAAGAAGGUGAAGCGGAACAGCACACCCCCCCUCUCUCUGUACGGACAGCUUCUGUGGCGGGAGUUUUUCUACACAGCAGCCACAAACAACCCAAAGUUUGAUCGCAUGGAGGGGAACCCCAUCUGCAUCCAGAUCCCCUGGGACAGGAACCCUGAAGCUUUGGCCAAGUGGGCAGAGGGCAAGACAGGCUUCCCUUGGAUCGAUGCAAUCAUGACCCAGCUGAGGCAGGAAGGUUGGAUCCACCAUCUGGCCAGGCAUGCGGUGGCCUGCUUCCUGACCAGGGGCGACCUCUGGAUCAGCUGGGAGUCAGGAGUCAGGGUAUUUGAUGAACUGUUGCUGGAUGCAGAUUUCAGUGUAAAUGCAGGCAGCUGGAUGUGGCUUUCGUGCAGUGCGUUCUUCCAGCAGUUCUUCCACUGUUACUGCCCCGUGGGCUUUGGACGUCGCACAGACCCCAGUGGUGAUUAUGUUAAGAGAUAUCUGCCUAAACUAAAGGGUUUCCCCUCGCGAUAUAUCUACGAACCAUGGAAUGCCCCAGAGUCUGUACAGAAGGCAGCCAAGUGCAUCAUUGGAGUGGACUACCCCAAACCCAUGGUGAACCAUGCAGAGACCAGCCGACUGAACAUUGAACGCAUGAAGCAGAUCUACCAGCAGCUGUCGCGCUACAGGGGGCUCUGUUUGCUGGCAUCAGUCCCUUCAUGUGUGGAAGAUCUCAGCGGCCCAGUCACAGACUCAGCUUCAGGGCAGGGCUGCAGCACCAGUACAGUGAUGAGGCUGUCGCAAGCAGACCAGGCUUCUCCAAAGCGCAAACACGAGGGAGGAGAAGAGCUGUGCACUGAAGAACUGUACAAACGAGCCAAAGUGACAGGCCUCCCCGCUCCAGAGAUCCCUGGCAAGAGUUUAUGAUUCCAGCCACAGGCACCUUGCAAGUGAAGAGUGAGAGUGCUGAAGAGGUGACCAGAGAAGUAGGGACUGCUGCCACAGAGGGACUGGAACUUGUCAUCUGCGACAGAAAAUCUGGGGUCUCAUAUAAAUGUGUAAUUCCAAUAGCUGCCACAAAAGGGCACUGCAUUGCUUGUGCUUGGGAAUAUUUGGCUUUCUGGUCUCCAAAGAGCCAUAUAUGUCUCUCCUCAGCCAUGCCCAAAAUCUGCCCACAUUUAAGUGGGCAAGAGCCUCCUAUCAACUCUAUCUUGCUCACUCCUAGGUGUAUCUUUCUUUUCUGACAAUGGCUCAGCGUGUGUGACUUGAUGCAUUGAUGUAGGGAGCAGCAUCUGCGCAUCUCAGAAAUAGUGAAUAUCCUUUCUCAUCACUAGUACUAGGCGGUGAGGUGCGGUGAUUAAUCCAAAUUAUAGUAGGAGUUGAGAAGGAAGCUGCUACAAUGUCAAAAAUAGAGUACCCAUCCUGCAAGAGAACAGGAAAAACUCAGCGUUUCUUUCAUUAGGCUAGACUGAUGGGAAUGUAAAUACUUUGAGUAAAUCAGGGUGGUACUCAUGUGGGGUGGAAGCGAAAUGAAGGAGAACUGUAGCACAGGAACAAAGAGAUACAAACUGUACACUUGCAAGGCACUUAAAACUUGCCCUGCAGAAGAAUCUCUCUGCUGCAAGGUGAGCCAUAGUGCUGUUGCCUGGAACAGGCAGCUUCAGAGGGGGUUGGCAUCUGGGCAGGAGGGAAUCAGAGAGGGAGGAAUUCUUCAGAGAAUAAGAUCAUGCCUUGGUAUGAGUAAAGCAGUCUCCCGGAAGCUUGCUGGCCCAAAUAAUAGGGGAGCUACACCUGACAGUAUACUCAUAUACCUGUACCUCACACUCUGUACACUGCUCCUCCUUGCCAUUUGCAUUCACACUGGUGCUUUGUAGUCUAGCAGGACAAUUGUGUAGCUCUCCUUGCUCUUAACCGUACACUCCUUGUCCUGGUCCUGUUAUGUGUCAUUUCAACACUGUGUUGGCAGAGCACCUCUGGUUGUCUUCCCACCUAAGAGGGCAAGGGAGGGUAGUACUGCAGAAGAGCCUCUCUCUGGCCGUUUUCAAGAGGGAUUAGGUCAAGUAGCUAGUCUCAUGCAAUGGGCUGCUCUUGGCAAAGUUCUCAUUUGCUGUCCGAAACCUUUCAUCCCUGCCUGGCACAGAUAGUGUGAGGCUAUUUGUGAGUUUAUGCAACUAACAGGAGUUGUCUCCUACUCUGACUGGGAUAAUCAGAUUCAGUUUUAGAGCCCGUGUUUGAACCCAAAGCAACGGGACUGCGAAUACAAACUGACUCAAAUGUGUCUGGGAUACCUGAAGUGGUUGAAUUAGGUCUGUGAGUUAAUUUAUUGAAUAGAUGAAUAACUUUCCUUCCCGGUCAUCUCCCUGGGGCAUUGGCCCUGGAUUCCUUUUCCCAAGGGGAAUCCAUUGGGCAGACUGACCAACUAAACAAGAAUCACUUUUCCUGCCCUUACUUUCUUAAUGACUAUUCCUAGAGUCUGCCUGGUGGAUAACCCAGUAAUCAGCAGGUUUUGUCUCCUUCAGUCUGCCCAGACCUUACUUCCCACUGUCUUGAGGGUGGAAAGGUAUAAAGAAAAAGAGAUCCUCCCCCCCAUCUUCUGCUACAGAGAGAAGAAAGGGGAAAGACAUGCACUUUGUACACUUAGGUUACAGAAAUUGUGACUUCUGUCAUUUGCAGAGUUUCAUGCUUAGGCAAUGGUCUGUAAAUAUGACUUUUUUAUAUAUAAAUGUCUUUAACCCUC